AUGGACCAAGAUGAUGUCUUGUUUGGGAAUCCGAAGUGGCUUGAGAAUUUCAAGGAGAUGAAGCAGGCGGCAAUUGAUCCGUUGUAUAAGUACUGUCCGAAGCAAUGGACGGCAUUACGUUUUAACCUCCAAUUGCUGAUGUUGAAGUCUCGCCAUGGGUGGUUCGACACUAGCUUUAAUGACAUGUUGCGUAUGCUUGCUGACACAUACCCAGAGGGUAACAAGGUGCCCGCCAAUGCCUAUCGAGCGAAGAAGAUGAUCCGGCCAGUGUCGAUGAAGUUUAAAAAGUUCCAUGCAUGCACUAACCACUGUAUCCUGUAUCGGGGCAAGUAUGAGAACUUGCAUAGCUGUCCGCACUACGGCGCGAGUCGGUACAAGAGGAAUGCCGGUUGUCGCGCAGACGUGGAUGAUGAGGGACCCAAGAGUUGGCAGAAGAAGAAGAAGACGGCCAAUCAGAUCCCGGUUCUUGAGGAUGAGGAAGAAGAGGGCUAUGUACAGAGGAAAAGUCCUGCCCUGUCAGUGUGGUACCUCCCUGCGAUCGAUCGCUUGCGUGCGCUAUUCGGUAACCUAGAGGAUGCCAAGCUGAUGUCGUGGCAUGCAUCGGCAGAACGUAUCAAGGGCGAUAGCAAGCUACGACACCCCACCGAUGGCAAGCAGUGGAAGAGUUUCAAUGCCAAGUUCGCGAAGGAGUUUGGUGACGAAGCGAGGAAUGUCAGGAUCGCACUAAGUACGGAUGGGAUGAAUCCCUUCGGUGACCUCAGCAGUUCCCACAGCACUUGGCCGGUCAUCCUGACUAUCUACAACCUACCUCCCUAUCUAUGCCAGAAGCGUAGGUAUAUUUUACUAACCAUACUUAUUUCUGGUCCAAAGCAACCAGGCAAUGAUAUAGAUGCGUUCCUGGAGCCACUCAUGGAGGACAUGAAGAUGCUAUGGGAAGAUGGGGUGAAAAUGAUGGAUGCGUCCGUAAAGAAGGAGUUCACUCUAAAAUCCAUCAUCUUUGUCACCAUCACCGAUUACCCUGGCCUUUUUGCACUAUCGGGGCAGGUCAAAGGGAAGUCAAGUUAUGUAGUGUGCAUUGAUGAGAAGACGAGUUAUGGGAAAAAUGUGUUUGAAAUGGUGAAUGGCAUAAACAUAGAGUUCGGGAAAAAGAAAAAAUCUAAGGAAGAUGGGACCACAGCAAAGAAGAAGAGGAAGCGGGAUCAGAUGGAGGAGAUACAACCACCUGUCACCCCAGUACCUUUCAAGAAGCAGUCGUGUUUCUUCAAGUACUUGUCGUACUGGAAGGAGCUAGAUACGCCCCAUGCUGUCGACUGCACGCACCUUUCGAAGAAUGUCUUUGAAAGCACAGCCAGAAUCCUUCUGGACAUCAAGACUAAGAUGAAGGAUGGUCUAAAGUCACACUACGAUCUUGUGAACCUGAACAUUAGGCCUGAACUUCAUCCGACUUUGGCGGCGCAGAGCAGGAAAGUGGACCUCCUGGGCGCGUGCUAUAACCUCACAACUGAUGUGAAGAGAGCCGUGUGCCUGUGGCUUAGGGCUGUGAAGGUGCCGACCGGUUUCUCUUCCAACAUCAAGAGUCUGGUCUCUAUGAAGGACCUCACAUUAACCAGCUUCAACGAACAUGACUGCCACAUCAUGCUCACGGUGUUCCUCCCAAUUGUCAUCAGGGCAAUAGGUCUAGAGUACGUGAAGAUGGUCAUCACACGCCUCGGUUACUUCUUCAACUGGAUCACACAAAAUGUCAUUGAUGAAGCUGAGCUGCCAGGCAUGAAACAAUUCAUCGUAGAGACAAUUUGCCAGCUGGAGAUGUGCUUCCCGCUGUCUUUCUUCGAUAUUAUGCUGCACCUGAUGAUGCACAUGGUUGAUCAGAUAUAG